UGCGUGACGUUCGCGAGAUGGGUCGUCACUUGUCGCCACCUGCUGACUAUCUCAGUUAAUGCAGUUCCCCGAAUAUCAGAUUGAGUUCCCCGUCUAUUUAUAACAGGCACUAAACUUGUAUUGGGGCAACAAUAUAUUGUGAAAGGACAUUUGGACGUGUCUGUAAACACGUUAUGAAGUAGUCGUAAGCAAAUUACAUUAUCCACAACAGCAAAUGUGCUAUAUUUUGUAUAGUAACUUACUUGAGUUCACAUGAAAAAAUUCUGAAUUGACAGUGGUUACAAGUUCAAGUGGAUUGCUUGAGAUUCUGCUCCAGCUUUGGGUGUCAUGUCCAAGGACACAUUUGCCUUCAGCUCAGCCGCCUUGCACUCUCUGAAAGUGGAUCAGGAGCUCCAGGAGUGGAAGGAUAAGCGGCAGGCAUUGGCCCACAGGAGGGCCAUGAGCCGGCCACCUGUGUCCCGGGCCUCCAGACCCCCUCCCAGACAGCAGCGGGGCCUCCAGGAGAUCCGGGUCUAUGAGGCCCGAUGCAGAGAUACCACAAUCCACAACACAUUCAUGUGUGGGGACAUGAAGGGAGUGCACGUUGUGUCAAAGGACCCCUGCAUGGUCAACGCACUGAUGGAAACAGUACAUGAGGAGAUGGUGUGGGCUCCAGGCAGGUGUCAAACGCAGAGAAUAUGA